UCCGACGACGACACUAAUUCGGAUUCAGCGUACACGGAUAGUGUCGAUGAUGAUGACUCCGACGUUUUCGCCGAUGACGAGUCGGACUCGGAUGAUGAAGACAUCCCUAUGCUGCUGCCGUCAACCGUUGGCCGCCUCAUCGUCAAAGAAUAUCUCACCCUACAUAGAGACCGUUACCAAGCUCCUCGGACUGGGCUGCCACGAGCUCCAGGCCAUCUCCGACACACACUGGACGUUAUGAAGGAGCAACGUCCGGAUCACUUCCGCAAUGACUUGAGAGUCAGCCCCGCUGUGUUCGACCGAAUUGUCGCAGAGAUCGAGCAUGAUCCGAUUUUCAGCAACCACUCUCAUCAUGCUCAGAUGCCAGUGGAAGAGCAACUUGCCAUUGUACUCUUCCGGUUUGGGCACAACGGCAACUCUGCUGGAGUGUCCCGCAUCGCAAAAUGGGCUGGUGUCGGGAAGGGGACAGUUGAGAAUGCGACACGGCGUGUUAUGACAGCAGUGCUCCGGAGAUCGUUCAUGGACCAGGCUGUUCGUCUUCCAACCACGGUGGAGAAGGAGGAAGCCAAGCGAUGGGUUGAACGAAAAUCGUGUGACGAAUGGCGGGAUGGCUGGCUCUUCGUUGAUGGUACUCUUGUCCCGCUUUACGACCGACCACACUGGUACGGAGAGAGUUACUACGAUCGCAAGUGCAAUUACUCUCUGAACAUCCAGGUCAUAUCUUUGCCAAAUCUGCAAAUCAUCGAUUUCGGCUAUGGCUUCACCGGGAGCACACAUGACUCGACGGCAUGGAAGGAGACGAGGGUGUAUCGCGAGCACGAGAUGAUUUUGGAGGGUCAGGAAUGGAUCUGGGCAGACUCCGCAUAUCCUGUCAAACACUGGGUGAUUGCCCCAUAUAAGAAG